AAAAUGAAAUGAACAAAAAGUUACGGAGGAGGCGAACUCCCACCCUCCCUUAAUGGUUUUUGAAAUUUCUUUCCCUCAUUCCAGUUUAUAUUUCAGCCAUGACUAAUGCGAUUGUGCAUAGAGAAAUUCUAAAAAAUAAAGUAUCAAUGGAGAGCACAAGCACAUCGGUAGCAAUGUCCACAUCAGACGGGUUCAGUAGCCAUGACGAUAUUUCACAAUGGACAAAAAAUACAGAUGCGAAAAACUUCUGUGUAAAUUUAAUGACCGCAAUAUACACUCUUAUUCUUAUUAUGGUUGCAUUUGUAAUUGAAAUCUCUCCAACGUGGCGGUCUGAAAAAAUGUGGCUCGAGUAUUCAAUAUUCUGUGUUCUCAUGUAUGCAGUUGCAGUUGCUUACUUUUUAUAUCUUUAUCUUUUUGUGUUGUAUCCAAAUGUUAUCAAUUCAUGUAUUUACUAUUUAUUCAAAAAAGCUACACCGAGAAGAUGGCUUCUAGAUGAGCCAGUUUUUAAUGGAGAAGGUGCUGGAACAAUGUAUCUCAGAGUUGGAGCAUUGUUCUUCGGGUCGAUGGGAAGUGUGCUCUGGGGAACUGAGAUCCUUCUCUGCUUUUUCGAUAAUCAACGACAUGGAAUUUACGUGGUCAAGUACAUUCUUGCAGUGAUAUUUACUUUUAUGCAAAUGCAUUUUAUUUUUUCUAAUUCGAAAAUUUCAUUGAAACGAUCUAAUAUUAUUGCGAAGUUUGGAUUGAUGCACUCUGUUGCAGUGAACCUUUGGAAUUGGCUGUCCAUUUGCCUUAUUAAAUCUAGCAUAAAACACGCCAAAAAAGAAAUCAAAUACACCUAUGAAGGAUCCGACAACGAAACUAAAACCGAGAUCUUGACGGAAAUGUCAUAUGAUUUUACAACUGACUCUUUUGGACCUCACGAUAAACAAUUGAGAGCCAUUAUUAAACUUGGCAGUAGCUCAAGCAUCUUGCUCACAUGCCUAGUAGAGUUUUCUCUAAUUGCUGCUGUAAUUUGUUUCAUAAUUUGGAAGAAUGAUGACUCGAAUUCAGGAGAAGCUCUGAAGAAAAAGAAAAAACGACAUUUCCGAUUUGACUGCAGUGGCACCACAGUUGGAAUAUUUCUGGCAGUUGCUGUUCAUAUUAUCUCAGCAGUUGCAGUUGGAAUGCAUGGAAUUCUUUCAAAAAGUAAUCGAGAUUCUGCUGCAAAUCUACUUGUUGGAUACACUGAUGUAUUUCUGUUCGUUGUUGCACUUCUUGCUUGUAUUCUAGCAUUCUUUCAAAUGCGAAAACUACAAUAUAGGCUUCAUGCUCACGGAGAAGUCAUUGAUGAGAUUCUGUUAAUUGUGGGAUUAGCUGGAGAAUGUGUGUACUCAUGUGCUGGAAUGGAUUUAUAUAUCAAUGACAAGAUGAUUAAAGAACCUGCUUCAUACAUUACAAUUGUAUCAUUCACAUUGAGAAUCACCGAAGUCUUGGUUCAAACAAUUUUUAUCCUUAUUGCUACUAGAAUGAGAUGCUACACCCAGACCAAUUGUUACACUGAGCCAGGAAAACAAGUGAUAACAUUUCUUCUCGUAUGUAAUAUCAAUCUAUUUAUCUAUCACACAUUCGAAACUACUGAAUUGAACUUUGGAUUUCCCAUCAAACUGCCUGAUAGCUACUCCGCUAUGCUUAAUAUAGCUUCGCCAAUUGUAGUUUUCUAUCGGUUUCACAGUUCAGCAUGUUUGGCGGAGAUUUGGAAACAUACGUAUUCAAGAAAGAACCAUAAUGUUGUAACAGAUAAUACAGUUGAUCCUCUCGUGGUAGUAAAGAAAAUGUGA